AUGAGGACUACUUAUGCACUCCUAGCAGCACUAGCUGUGGCCGAGACUUCCAUCCAGCCAUCACGACCCUUCCGGGACCCACAGCAAUGGCGACCCAAGCACAAGGGCGGCUGGUGGAAGCCCGACCACACGAUACCGUGGGACCAUCCGUCUCGUGCUUCAAGCACACUCACGCCCACAGCAAUACCCACAGACCUCCCACUGGUCGAUUCUGCAGCACUACAGGCGGCCAUAGGAAUAGACACGCUGUCGGACAAGGCCCACGAGCUCGAGGAUGCGGCAUACAGCACAUUAGAUCGUAAUAGAGUCCGGCCAUUCAUAGCACUCUACUCCCAAUCCUCCGGGAAUCUGACCGUCGAUGGCGAAGAGCAAGGCGCAGAGCCAUUCUCUUACACACCUUCUGGAGACUUCUCUGCGCCAUUCGUCGCUGUUGCCAAUUUAGGUUGCAAUGCUUCAGACUACCCAGCGGAGGUGGCUGGCAACAUUGCACUCAUCCCUCGUGGCACAUGUCCAUUUGGGCUGAAGUCGAGCCUUGCAGGCGCAGCAGGCGCCGAAGCGGCAGUCAUCUACAAUAAUGCCCCCGGUCCAACUGGCGGCGGUACACUUGAUGUUGUCGCCGACACUAUUUCAGGAGACCACAAUAACAUCCUCGCCGUAGGUGCACACAGCGACUCUGUCUACGCCGGUCCAGGCAUCAACGACGACGGGUCCGGGCCGGUCGGCAUCCUAGAAGUUGCCGAACAGCUAUCAUCAUACAAGAUCAACAAUGCAGUCCGCUUCGGCUGCACCUUGAACGCUAGCGAGCAGGCCAAGAUUCGUCUCUAUCUGGAUUUCGACAUGAUAGCCUCGCCAGACUACUACUAUGCCAUCUAUGAUGGCGACGGAAGCGCAUUCAACGUCACUGAUCCAGCUGGGUCAGCAGAAGCGGAGAUAUUCUUCGAGGACUACUUCGACUUCCGCGGUCUCAAUUAUACCCCCACCGAAUUGGAUGAACGAAGCGACUACGAACCCUUUCUUGAUGCCGGCAUCGCCUCCGGUGGACUCUUCACGGGCGCCGAGGUAGAGAACACAGAAGAACAGGUCGAACAAUUUGGCGGUGUAGCAGGAAUAGCUUUUGACGCAAAUUACCACUAUGCCGGGCAUAAUUACGAUAAUCUCAACUUCGAAGCAUUUCUCGUCAAUACGCAGGCUAUUGCCGCUGCCGUAGCGGAGUACAGCACUAGCUUCGGUAGCUUGCCGGCUGCGAACGGGACGGAGAGAAGUGUGAAGACGAGGGAUGUAAGGAAGAGGCAGCACGUGCACUCGCAUGCUAGUCAUAAGGGGAGCUGCGGGUUUGCUGCUGAGUCGUAG